AUUUUGUUAUGAAAUCACAAGUGUUCGUGCUUGGAAGCAGUGGUGUCCAAAAUGUGCUCAGUGUUCAGAUAUGUAGCAUGCGCGCUGCUCGUCGCUACGACGACAGCCAGCCAACAACAACAAUGGACGCCGUACAACAUGGCGGCCAUGCAACAACAGUUUCAACAACAGUUACAAUACGGCCAACAACAGUGGGAUCAACAGUACCAACCUAGUGACUACUCCGGCGGCUACGAUUUCGGGGGCCACGGUGGUGAAGAAUCCGAAGACCACGGAGGCCACGGGGGUUUUGGAGGCCAAGAAUUGAAGGCCCACUCUUACCCCGUGCACCAACACAUUGAAGAAGAAAAUCCUGAACCCAUCAAACACUACAAGGAAGUCGUGGUCCCUCUACCCAAAAACGUAGAAUUCAAAAUCAAUCAACCCGUCUUAAUUCCCGUACCUCACCCCGUCCCUAUUCAAGUGCCCGUACCUAAGGCGGUUGUAAUUCCAAUCAUUAAAGAAGUAUCAAUUCCCGUUGAGAAGUCCGUACCAUACCCGGUAGAAAAAACGGUACAUGUACCAAAAAUCGUCAAGGUCCCGUUCGAAGUUGUUAAGCACGUUAUUGUCCCGGUAGAAAAGCCGGUACCAUUCAAAGUACCGGUAUAUGAAACUAUUAUCCAUACUAAGAAGGGAUCCCAUAAGAUCUAAAAAGUGAAAUUUACAUUUUUAACAUUCCAUUUUUCCACAUUGCACCGAAUAGACUUUUGAUCGGUGUGACAAAUUAUAAAGGCAGUUCAAUACUUUUAAAUAGACAAGAUUCUGACGACGAGUGCUCGUCAAAGCCCCCUGUAAGCUGUAUGGAGUUCACAGACGUCAUAACCUAAGCCACGAGAAUAGCGCUUGAAUCACAUAUAGCUAGCCGAUCAAAAGAUUAUACAGUGUACCUUACCUUAUAUUAUUUCUGUGAAAAGGAAUAUUUUCUUUUCUUUUCUGGCAUUAAAUUGACGAAUAAGUACAAAAGCUAGAAGCGAUAUUGCAAUAGUCCUGUUGUACUUUGUAUAUAAAAAUAGUGUGUAGAACUUAGAUUGAAAUAAAUAGUGAAAAUGGGUGAAUUUAUGCCACCGGAAUGAUAUCUACAUGUAAUUACGGUGGCGAUUUUUUGCGGAAUAACACCGCCUAUUUGUAGGUAAUCUUUAAAAUUUAUCAUAUUUUUUUCAUUUCGUAUUUCUCUUUGGUUUUGUAAUACAAGUCAUGUCGGUGGCAUAAGUUUUCCAAAUAGUGUAUCAGUAUAUUUGUUUUAAUGUAUGGUUUAUUGACACUAGGACUACUAUUUGACUGUUAUUUUGUUUUUAAUGUUGUUAUACAGGGUUGUACAGGGUUUUGUAAUCAAAAAAGUUAUGUUCAUAAGGAGGUUGCGAAAGUGACACCCCUGUUUAAAACUCUGUACUGCUCUGUACUGUUGUUAAUUGUUGUUGUUGUUUGUAUGUCUGUUGUUGUGUAAAUGUGAGCGUGUUAUG